AUGCAUCUCAACAACAUCAUGCAGGCCAAGUAUGGCGUAUCCUCCACUUCUCGCAUCAAGUACGAAGAAACACCUAGCGGCCCGCAGAGCAUGACUGUAUGGACUGUCACUUAUUUCAUCAACGAUAUGAAAUACGGUGAAGCGUCCGCGACAAACAAGAAGGCUGCGAAAGAGGCAGCCGCUCAGAAGACCAUUGAAAUGUUAGAGGCCGAGAACUGA